UUUACCUAAUUUAGUGUUGCCAACUCAUGGUGUCCAAAUUCCGAAUGAUAGAGUGAGAUGUGAAUGGCUCACCGGAGAGUUACCAUCUGGUUUACAUGUGGGGCUUUUUGUUUGUUCUUUCACAUUGUAGAUUUAAUUUGUUGUAUAUAUACCCACACAUGGUGAGCUCAGUCAGUCAACCAAUUCAAUUAUUAAAAUCAUUACGGAAUAUAGCAGCUAGAUUGAUUUGUAAUAGAGAGAGAGGGGGAGAAUAUAAUGCAUCGGCGGUGGUGGACGGCGAGGGUGGAUGCGAAGUUGUGGAGCGCGGGAGAAGAUGCGGCGUGGGUGAUAUGGGAGGAGAUGACGGGGCUCCGGGUGCCGGUGGCGGCGGCGCUGAUGAACAUUGCGGUGUGGGUGUGCCUGGCAAUGUCCGGGAUGCUGUUCGUGGAGCGGGUGUACAUGGGGGUGGUGAUGGUCCUGGUGAAGGUGCUUGGGCGGACGCCGGAGAAGCGCUUCCGGUGGGCGCCGCUGCAGCAGGGAGACGUCGAGGUCGGCAGCGCGGCUCAUCAUCCUAUGGUUCUGGUGCAGAUCCCAAUGUACAACGAGAGAGAGGUGUACAAGCUUUCGAUAGGAGCAGCAUGUGCACUUUCUUGGCCAUCCGAUCGAAUCAUAAUCCAAGUUCUUGAUGACUCCACCGACCCCAUUGUUAAGAAUAUGGUGGAGACGGAGUGUGCAAGAUGGGGAAGCAUUGGGGUUGACAUAAAGUACGAGAUCCGAGACAACAGGGACGGGUACAAAGCGGGGGCGUUGAAACAGGGCAUGAAGCGAGAGUAUGUGAAGCAGUGCGACUACGUCGUCAUCUUCGACGCUGACUUUCAGCCCGACCCCGACUUCCUCCUCCGCACCAUCCCUUUCCUUGUCCAUAAUCCUGACCUCGCCCUCGUCCAGGCUCGCUGGAAAUUCGUGAAUGCGGACGAAUGCUUGAUGACGAGAAUGCAAGAGAUGUCACUGGAUUAUCACUUUACAGUGGAGCAAGAAGUUGGCUCUUCCACCUAUGCUUUUUUUGGCUUCAAUGGAACAGCAGGUGUUUGGAGAAUUGCUGCCAUUGAUGAAGCAGGUGGAUGGAAUCAUCGGACGACAGUUGAGGAUAUGGACUUGGCUGUCCGCGCAAGUCUUAAGGGGUGGAAAUUCUUGUACCUUGGUAACAUCAUGGUGAAAAAUGAAUUGCCAAGUACAUUUAAGGCCUUUCGCUAUCAACAGCACAGAUGGUCAUGUGGCCCAGCCAAUCUCUUGAGGAAAAUGUUCAUGGAGAUAGUUAGAAACAAGAAUGUGAAUCUGUGGAAGAAGAUCUACGUAUUAUACAGUUUCUUCUUCGUGAGGAAGGUGAUAGCCCACAUUACCACGUUCGUGUUUUACUGUGUAGUGAUGCCCACAGUUUGUCUGGUGCCUGAGGUGGACGUUCCCAAAUGGGGCGCCGUUUAUAUUCCCGUCAUCAUCACUCUCCUCAACAGUGUGGGAACUCCCAGGUCUUUUCACUUGAUAUCUUUCUGGCUACUGUUUGAGAAUGUGAUGGCACUCCAUCGCACAAAGGGUACCCUCAUAGGGUUGAUGGAGAUCGGGCGGGUGAAUGAAUGGAUUGUCACUGAGAAAUUAGGGGACGCCAAACCAGCUUUCAAGUUCAAAUCAAUUGGGGAAGCUUUUAAAAAACCACGCUUUAAGAUUGCAGAAAGAGUCCAUGUGGUAGAGGUUGGGAUGGGUGUAUAUCUGACGAUUUGCGGGUUGUAUGACCUGAUAUAUGGGAGGCAGUUGUAUUUUUGGUACAUUCUUCUUCAGGGGAUGGCUUUCUUUAUCAUUGGAUUCGGAUAUGUGGGCACCAUCGUUUAGCAAAUUACGUACGUACGUACGUGCUUCAAUUCAAUUGUUUUCGAUCUCAAGAAAAUUUUAAUGCUCAGCGGUUUCAAUGCAUGGAGAUACAAUUAAAUAAUAGAGAUCGAGAAUAUGUUUAGAGCUAGCUAGGGUUAAUUAGCUAUUGGACGUAUGCAUGCAUGCUUUGAAUCCCAGGGGCUAGCCAAGGGGAAUUGAAGUACGUACGUAGAGAAAGGGCCGGCCUCAUCAGCUCUUGCAUGCUUCUGCACCACAUCAUUUCCAGUAAAUUAAUUGUACCAUUCGUUUUUACUAUUCAUUUUAUAAAUAAAUAAAUAAUUCUGUAAUUUGCUUGGCUUCCCUCUUUAAUUUGUAUGCAAUCAUGUAAAAAGAACAUUGUUUCCAUCAUUCAUAUUAAUUCUUCAGUUCGAUCAGAUGAAUAAUAUAAUGAAAGCAAGAUUAAUCAAUCAAUACCAUCAAAGUCCAGUUUUUUCACGUC